GCUGCCGGAGCCGCCGUGGCGGCGGUGCCGGUGCCGGCGGCUGGGGUGCCGUGGGCCCGGCUGAGCCGCUCCUUCCUCCGCAGGCCUGCCGGGACGAUGACUUUCCAGUGGACGGCAGUUGCCGCCUUUCUGUACGGUGAAAUAGGAGUAAUUCUCGUACUCUGCCUGCCGUUUAUUUCUCCGCUGAGAUGGCAGAAGAUUUUUAUGAUUCCGCUAUGGAGCAAAAUGGCAGUUUUCUGGAACAAGAUGUUCCUUACAAUAAUAGUUUUACUGAUCGUCUUGUUUCUUGAUGCUGUUAGGGAAGUCAGGAAGUACUCGGCCGUUCAUGUGAACGAAAAGGCUGCAAAUGUCAAUACCAAUGCCUUUGAUCAUAUUCAGAUGAAACUCUUCCGAUCGCAAAGAAACCUCUAUCUCUCAGGUUUUUCCUUAUUUCUUUGGCUUGUAUUGAGGCGUACUGUUACCCUUCUUACUCAGUUGGCAAAAGGGAUGGCAUCGCAUGCAGCUCUGGAAAUGCAAGUCAACGAUGCUACUGAAGCAGCCAAAAAAUACAUGGCCGAGAAUGAAAGGCUGCAGGAGGCCUUGAGUGAAAAAGGAAGCAGUAAAAAGAAAGAGUCAGCAGAAGCAACUGAUGAAAAGUUGAAGAAAGAAGUUGAACAUUUGAAAGCAGAGCUACAGAUGACAUCAGAUGCUCUCCACAAGGCAAAUAAUGAAGUGACUGCAGUUAAAAAGCAGUCUGAAGGCCUUAAAAGAGAAUAUGAUCAUCUGAUGAAAGAAUAUGAACGGCUUCAGGGCAGUUUAAAUGAAGCAGAAGACAAGAAAGACCAGUAGGUGCAUCUAAGGCGGAUGACAUCGGUACAGCUGCUUCAAUGAGAAAAGCCUUGUGAUGUUUAGGCUCCUGAUGCAUAUCUGAAACAAAACUUCAGUUUUCUGAAAAGCACGUGCACUGUAGGUCACUAUUGAGAUUCCUUUAACAUACCUUGGUUGCCAAAAUAUUCUGUGUUGCAAAUAAAAUGUUAAGUGACUUACCUGAUUUGCCAUGGAGUUUGUCACUGCUCUUGUGAGGAGAAACUCGAAAAUCUUUCAAUUCCAUCUGGAGCAACUUGACUGUUCUCCAAGCUAUUGCCUUCCAGAAUGGUAACAGAUCAUGCACUAUUUGUUUGUAGCAUUUGAGUGAGGUUGUGUAUCAUGCUAUGUCAUAAAAACACAAUUACCUAAACCUCCUUUGCAACACCUGUUUGGAGUCUUCAAAAACUCAGUUACCAGUUUGUUAAGAAGGCUGAAAGGUUUUCAUCAGCCAUUCCACUUCAGUGGAAAAUUGAAUGACAAUCAAUCUAAGGAACAUAAAGAAAGAAGGAAAACUGCAUUUCUAAAUCCAUCUCACUAGCUUGUGACUUUCACUUAGCCACAUGGAUGAAUGUAUUUUAACAAUAUUUUGCAUGCCUCUGGUUUAUUUUUCUUUAAUAUAUGGGGUUAUUUCAGUUUUCAUAACCAAAGCUUUGGGUUGGUUGGUUCUAACAUCCUGUAUUUUUACACUGUUUACAUUUGUUUACUGUGUAUGUGCCCCUAACUUCUUUUGCCUUGCUAAGUAAAAAUUCUUUUUAAAUGUAGAUAGUUGGGUUUGUUUUGUUUUGUUUUCAUGGAUACGAUACCUCGAAUAAAUGUGCACUGUUUUGCAUAAGCCCUUUUUGGCAUUCAGAAAGUUGUU